UUAAUAGCAUUCUGGAUGACAGCAGAUACUGGCCAGAAGAAGAACCCAGACAAGAAAGAUGGGCGACGAAUGUCCUUUCAGAAGCCUAAAGGGACUAUUGAAUAUACAGUUGAAUCAAGAGACACUCUAAACAGUAUUGCCUUGAAAUUUGAUACGACACCAAAUGAACUGGUUCAGUUAAACAAAUUUUUUUCCCGAGCAGUUGUUCCUGGACAGAUUUUAUAUGUUCCUGACCCAGAAUAUGUUUCUAGUGCAGAGAGCUCCCCAUCUCUUAGUCCCAUAAGUCCCUUGUCACCUGCAUCUUCAGAAGCUGAAUUUGACAAGGCUACAGAUCCAGGUGGGCUCCAACGAAAAGAGGCAGGUGCUUCACCAGGUUAUGCAUGUUUUCGUCCUGCAAGAGUGGUAUCAUCCACAUCAGAGGAGGAAGAAGCAUUUACUGAAAAAUUUCUCAAAAUUAAUUGCAAGUACAUGACUUACGGCAAGGGUGCGGUCAAUGGUGUGCUGCUAGUGACGCCAAAUAAUAUAAUGUUUGAUCCACAUAAAUCUGAUCCUAUGGUCCAAGAGAACGGCUGCGAAGAGUAUGGUAUCAUGUGUCCAAUGGAAGAAGUGAUGUCAGCUGCUCUGUAUAAAGAAAUUGUGGACAGCAAAAUAAAGGAUUCAUUACCUGUAGAUGUAGAACCAUUAUCUGUAAGGGACCUCUGCCAUUUCAAGAAAAUUACAGGAAGCAAUACAGAUGAAAUGGAUUCAAGGGUUCGGGAUACAGGGAAUGACAGUGCCAGCACUGCCCCUCGAAGCACAGAGGAGUCUCUUUCGGAGGAUGUGUUCACAGAAUCGGAACUCUCUCCAAUAUGUGAGGAACUUGUUUCUUCAGAUGAGCUUCUACAAGACAAAUCUUCUGGUGCCUCAUCAGAAUCUGUCCAAACGAUAAAUCAGACUAGCGCAGAAUGUUUAACAAUAAUUUCAGACUCAACUGAUGUUCCCAAGGACUUAAAAUCUAGUGUUGACCUGCCUGUAAAUGACAGUGGGUUUGUAACCCAUAUUAUGGGUUCAGAAACUGUUGAAAUGGCAGUACAGGAGGGAGAGGACACUGUAGGGGAAAAAGUUAUAGAUGCCCAUCAACAAUCUUUGGAAGAUAUGCAACCCAGUAAAGAAUGUGGCACAGAUGUAGAUGUCAUCCUAGAUCAGGAUUCCAUACUAGAGAAAACACACAAAAGAGAGAGUGUGAUAAAGGAGGAAUGUCUACUUUGUGAAGACAUCAAAGACUCUCAAAAAAAAGAGACUAUAACCAAGGGAAAACUAGUGAAAGAAUUAACUCAAGAUUCAGACAUAGACGUUGAAGAGCUUCGUGAGCUCUGGAAGAUUCACACUAUGCAACAAACCAAGCAGCAAAGAGAAAACAUGCAGCAAAAUUCACAAAAAGAAAUUAAGCAAAAAAUGGAGAUUGCAGCAGAUGGACAAGUUGAAGGUUCUGCUCCUAUGAAGGAGAAGAGAAGGCAUCGAUUUCACAAAUUCUUGUGUCUCAGAGUUGGAAAACCUAUGAGAAAAACAUUUGUGUCACAAGCAAGUGCAUCAAUGCAGCAAUAUGCACAGAGAGAUAAGAAACACGAGUACUGGUUUGCUGUUCCACAUGAAAGGACAGAACACUUGUAUGCCUUCUUUAUUCAGUGGAGCCCAGAAAUGUAUUCAGAGGAUACUGGGGAGUCUGUUAGAGAGCCUGGGUUUAUAGUGGUAAAGAAGAAUGAAGAACCUGAAACUGGUGAUUGCACUAAUGAAACUGCUUCUAGAGAGUGGGAGGUAGUGUCAGUGGCUGAGUAUCACCGCAGGAUCGAUGCUCUAAAUAGUGAAGAACUGCGCACGCUCUGCAGACGCCUCAAGAUAACAAGGGAAGACAUAAAUCCAAAGCAGGCCACAAAUAUCAAAACAGACCUGGAGCCUGAAGCGUUUCGGCCAAAUCUUAGUGAUCCUAGUGAAUUGUUGCAGUCAGACCAAAUUGAAAAGCUCACAAAGCACCUUCCUCCACGAACUAUUGGGUAUCCAUGGACUCUUGUCUACAGCACUGCAAAGCAUGGCAUGAGCUUGAAGACAUUGUAUCGAACUAUGUUGGGGCUAGACACUCCUGUACUAAUGGUUAUCAAGGACAGUGAUGGGCAGGUUUUUGGUGCACUAGCUUCUGAACCUUUUAAAGUGAGUGACUGCUUUUAUGGCACUGGAGAGACCUUUCUGUUCACUUUCUCUCCAGAUUUUGAGGUCUUCAAAUGGACAGGAGACAAUAUGUUUUUUAUUAAAGGAGACAUGGACUCUCUAGCUUUUGGUGGGGGAGGGGGUGAAUUUGCUCUUUGGCUUGAUGGGGAUCUCUACCACGGAAGAAGUCACUCUUGUAAAACAUUUGGGAAUCACACACUUUCUAAGAGAGAAGACUUCAUUAUCCAAGACGUUGAAAUCUGGGCUUUUGAAUAAGUGUAUAUGUGUCUCUGCAGGCUAUUGUCCCAAACCUGACGUGAAUCAGUGCAGCUCUGAAAGCCCUAGAAGCAAUAGCAUACAGUAUUUUUAUACUAUAG